UUUUGAUACCUAAUAUUAAGAUGAAUAAAAUGACGAUGUGCGUAUUGCAUUAUCUUAUCCAUAACUUGUUUCAUUGCCAUGAACCGCAAAACGUCAUUUGUCGAUUUAUAAGUCAGUACGUAACGUUAUCUCGGGCAUACGAAACGUUUGACGAAAAAUCACGUGCUUUAAACUUAUAUUCGCUCUAAACUCUAAACAAAUGUGAAUUGGUAACAUGGAAAGAUCUCAAUAGUGUACCUUGUAAAGACCUACUUUUAACAUGGUGUGCUAAGUAAAUUGACUGUGGCAAAGUUUUGUGUUAUAUUCAAACGUUCAACAGUAGGUAGAUGCCGUGUUCAUAAUGGAUUUCAUCAUCGGCGGUCUAGCGGGCGCCGGUGCAACCAUCUUCACAAAUCCCAUGGAUGUGGUGAAAACUCGGCUGCAGCUCCAGGGGGAAUUGCGGGCACGGAAUGAGCAUACCACGCGAUAUAGGGGCAUAUUCCAUGGCCUGUAUGUGAUAUCCAAAAACGAUGGGGCUCUGGCGUUGCAGAAAGGCCUCGCUCCAGCCAUGGUGCUGGGAUUUUGUAUGAAUUCUGUCAGGUUAGGCAUAUACCACAUAGCUGAAGUGCAAGGGUGGACCAAGACGAAGGAAGGCGAUAUCAGUAUUCACAAGACUAUAUUCUGGUCAAGCGUGAGUGGUUUCGUGAGCGGGCUCGCUGCCAAUCCGGCGUCCGUCGUCAAGACGAGGAUGCAGUCUGCCGCCCAUCCCAGCAUAGCUGUCGGGAGGCAGUAUGUUUAUAAUGGCAUGAUAGAUGGAUUUGUGAAGAUUUACAAAAUUGAAGGCACUCGUGGCUUCUUUGCGGGAGUAAACGCCACGUGCACCAGGCUGGCCGUAGGAUCUGCAGCUCAACUCACGACAUUCUCUACAGUGAAGCAGGCCCUCCUUGCCCACGGUUAUUUGGAGCAGUCGCCUGCUGCGCUCGCGUUCGCUGCAAGCCUCGUCAGCGGGGUGGUGUGUGUGUUGUUGGAAACGCCGCUGGACGUGGUCAAUACGCGGCUUUACAACCAGGGUCCAGCAGCAAAAGGUGAACUGCUCUACAAAGGAGUCUUUGACUGCUUGAGCAAGACAUACAGAACUGAGGGACUCCAUGGUCUCUACAAGGGAUUAGGCCCUCUCUACCUCAGGAUAGCACCCCACACGACACUUUCCUUGGUUAUUUGGGAUAUGUUGAAUAUAUUGAUCAGUAAUAAAAACAGAUAGCAAUAUA